UUCGAAAAACGAUUGACAAUAUGGUUGAUAUGUCGCGCUGGAACUUGCAUUAGAGUGAGACACGAGUGUGUCAAAACAUAGAACAAUGAAGUGAAACUUCUACGUUUAAUCCAAAUAAAAAUUUACGUAGAAAGAAUCAAUUGGAGAUGUCAAAUAAUGAAUUCGAAACCGAGUUGAUCAAGAAUCUAAUAAUUGAAAAUCAUAUAAUUUUAUAUAUUAGUUGCUACAUAGAACGCACAUUGGAUUGUAAAAAAAAUUUAUUGUGUUGAUAGCGAUUUAUUUAAUAUAUUAAUUAAAAAGUGUUAAUAGGAGACACAUAUUUGGAAACACCCAAAAUGUCGACAGAAAAUGUUACAACUGCACCAAUAAAUAAUAAUAACAAUAAUAUUAUAAAUAAUAAUAUUAUCAAUAAUAAUAAUACGACGACCAAUAAUAUUAUGAAUAGUAAUAAUAGCAAUAAUAAUAGUCAGAAUAGUGCAGUGACAGAAAACCAUAGCAUAGUAGGGGCAAUAGCUCCUAGCUUGAUUAAUCGAGCAAGAAACAAUAAUAAUAACAACAAUCAAAAUGCAUUGUAUCACAUGAGGGACAGACUUUUUCAUGCUUUGUUUAUUAAAGCUGCUUUGGCUUAUGCAAGGACAUUUCCUAAGCCUGUAAGAAGAUUUAUAGAAUUCAUAGUUUUAUUGAAGGCAAUAAUGGCAUUUUUUGUGAUGGCGUAUAUACACAUAGUAUUUUCACGAGCUCCUACCAAUUGUUUAGAACACAUAAGAAAUGAUUGGCCUCGAGACGGUAUUUUAAGGGUAGAAAUCCUAAGAAAUGGAGCAGAAGAUUAUAGCAUAGAAAAGAGUUACGCUAAGGAGGAAAAACUGAGACAGGAAAAAGUCGAUGAUUUAAGUAGUGUUCUUGAAAUAUUUGGUAGAGAUGGGUUUAUUAAUAUUGAACCAUCAGCAGUUGAUGAAGGAAGAAUUGUUGGUGAUACUGAUCAUGAUCGACAAAAUAUAAAAAAUGUCGAUGAAAAAAUUCAAGUAUCGACAAUUUCUGAAACUUUAAGUCAAAAUUUAGAAAUCGCAAAUGUUAGCGUAAGUCCGUCAUUAUCGACUAAUAUAUGGGAUGGAUUUAUAACCGAUUCACAAAAAGAAUCAGUUCGUUUUAUUGAAACCGGAUCGGAAAAUAUUGUUAAUCAGACAACAAACUUUGACUUAAAUACAGAUAAAAGUGUUGUUGAAUCUCUUGAAGAUCAGGAUUCUGAAGUAGAAAAACAAGUGAGGCCAGUAUUUUCAGAAGAUGAAUACAUUGUCGAGUAUUCACUGGAGUACGGCUUUCUACGAUUGUCUCCAGCAGUUCGUCAACGACUGAAUAUUCCUGUGAAAAUUGUUACGUUGGAUCCGCUCAAUGACAAAUGUUUCGGUGAUGCAUUUUCAAGACUCAUACUUGAUGAAUUGCUUGGCUACGAUGAUCUUCUUAUGGCAAGCAUAAAGACUUUAGCUGAACAUGAAGACAAUAAAGGAUUUCUACGUAAUGUCGUUACCGGUGAACAUUACCGUUUUGUGAGCAUGUGGAUGGCCCGAACUUCGUAUUUGGCUGCAUUCUUUAUCAUGCUUGUAUUUACGGUAUCCAUUUCAAUGUUGCUUCGGUAUUCUCAUCAUCAGAUUUUCGUUUUUAUUGUUGAUCUGUUUCAAAUGCUUGAAUUCAAUGUGACAGCUUCUUUCCCAGCAGCAUCGUUAUUGGUAGUAAUUUUGGCUCUUGUUGGAAUGGAAACUAUAAUGUCUGAGUUUUUCAAUGAUACCACGACUGCGUUUUAUAUUAUACUCAUUGUAUGGAUUGCUGAUCAAUAUGAUGUUAUUUGUUGUCAUACUUCAAUAACUAAAAAACAUUGGCUGAGAUUCUUCUAUUUGUAUCAUUUUUCUUUCUAUGCUUAUCAUUAUCGGUUUAAUGGACAGUAUAGCAGUCUUGCACUCGUCACAUCGUGGCUCUUUAUUCAGCAUUCAAUGCUUUAUUUUUUCCAUCACUAUGAACUACCGGCUAUACUCCAGCAAGCCCAUUUGCAGCAAAUUCUGUUACGAAAUCACGCUCCCACAGCUGCUCAAUCACCAACGCCGAGUACAGUUGCUACAACUCCUGGUCCAUCAGCUACAUCUACUCCUCCAGAUAGUCCAGGUCCUUUAACUCCUGCCACGGAUCAAACUCAGCAAAAUUACAUUAGUGAACUCUCUCAGUUGGACUCUGAUUCAAACGACUCUCAACAAAAUGUUCAGCUUGAAACUAGUAAUCCUACGAAUGAAUCAUCAAUGACAACACAACUCUCUACUGCUUCAACUACUAUUGCUGAAGAUUACAAACGUUUACAACAUAAAGUAAAUUAAUGACAACAUUUAAUCAUAAUUAAGUCAUUAUAUUUUGAGGAUGAAAUUUUUUCUUUAAUGACUGCAGUGAAUAAAAUUAUCUUCAUUGUAUAUUCAGAGAAACAAUUUUGGAUGGAAAACUAUUCUACGUAUUUUACUUUAUUACGCAUGUAUGUAUGGAAUUUUCAGAUUACUCGUACGAAUGACCUCUACAAUGUAUAUUACUGGCAGUUAAUUUUCAUGUAUUUUAUUAUUAUUUUUUUGAAACUGUUUAAAAUAUUAUUUUACAUUAGUUUAUUAUAAUUCCGUCCGUACUGAAUAGCAAAAAGAAAUAUACAUAAAUUUUUUACAGAAAAUGUAGUAAAAAAAUAUAAGAGAUUUUUCUACCUUUCUUGUAAGAAAAAAAUGUCAUUCGAUUUGUUUACAAAUGAGAGAAAAAUAUAAGGUUAUAAAGAAUUGAGUAGGAAACAUACAAAGGUUGUAUUCAAAGUAAUUGAUUUGUCAAUAUGUGAUUUUCUGACCAGUCGGAUUUCCGAUUGAGUUCAUUGAAGAUUUUUCCGUAUAUAUGAUUAUUGAAACUUUUAUUUGGAAUCAAACUGAAGUCAAUAACAUAUAAAUCAAUUUUAGAUUCAAAUAUAUUUAUUAGUGUACAGGAUAAACUAUGAGCAGAUAAUUAGCAAAAUGAGUAGAAGUUAAUUAUUGAAGGAUAGAAGUCGUAAAUUAGUUAUUUUUCUUUGAAAGGAAAUUUAUUACCAAUGACAAUUUCUUGUCACAUGCUUCGUCUAUUCCGAUCAUGAUUUAAUAAAAUGACACCACGUCAU